CGUCGUCGCCGUUCGGCGUCCGCGUAGUUUCCCGUCCGCAUCCCGUGGCCUUGUGGAGGCCCCAGGUGUCCGAGCCGGCGCCUCCCGGGCCCCUGUGGGCAGACCCCAGCUGUGGCCCCCCGACACUCCACUCCCCUCGACUUGCAUUGUCAACACAGAUGUUACUUAGGCCUUUUGAAAACACAUGCUCUCAGACCGCAGAUGCUGAUUCUUGGAAUCGUGUUAAAGGUACAUUAGGCAUGCUUCAACUGUCUUCCAAGAGGUACCAUGUUCAUCUGUUUAAAAACCAUUGAGCAGCUGCGAUAAGGUAGGGAUGCCCAUAUAUGGAAGGGGGGUUACCUGACCCUCAAAAAGUAAAAUGAUGCACCCCAUAGACCUGGCUAUGAGGUAAAGAGAGGCCUCUUUGUCUUUAUUGUUGCUACAUAUGUAAGUUUUGAAGAAGUUUCCUGUGGAGGGAAAAAUCUCAGGUGUCUGAGACCGUAGAAGAGCUUUUGUAAAUGUGCACCUAUUUCUACUUGGCUAAAGACCAGGAACAUCAUCUCAGAAUAGACCUACUCUUCAUUAUCUCUGCCAACUUUUUUUUGGUAAAAUUAUGUUUUCAGUAGACAUUCACUAAGAACUGUGAGUGAAACCCUCUACCCUGAGCUCGUUUUAUGCUAAAUGUUGAUCCAGAAAAAGAUCUAGUUACCAACUAGAUGCAAAACUUUUAUCCCCGUUACAGAAAUAAUGAGAGUUCUAAUUCUUUCAUGCAAGAGAAGUAAAAGUGAAAAACAAAAAAUUUCAAAAUGAUGUUGGGGAAAUUGUGAUAUUGUAUUUGCAUACCAUUUCCUUUGCCAUCUCCUCUUACACUCAUUUCCUAAUAUUCUUACUUCACCUCUGCCCACUCCAGUGAGUCUCCAUCUUGUUGCACAUGUGAACUACAAGAAGGUUUUAAUAGUGAAUAAGAAUCUCUUAAGAGUCAGGCCUAGGCAUGUUUUGCUUUGGCUUCUUGUUUUAAUUUUGAUAAGAUGAUUCAAAUACAUAAUUAGGCUUGAAAACGAAGUGCCUGUUCCCAAGCCAAUCAAACACAUAGUUCUUUGAGUAGGACACAGGAUUACAUUCUUUCCAUUUGCUACUUAUUCUAAUAGAAUGUCCUUCUUUUUAUAUGACCAGUUAACUGCUUCUUUUCAAGACUAUUCAAACUCAAACAACCUUCAUUAAAGUCCCAUCCUGUCACCAAGACAAGUAGUUUCUUCUGGCAUUUUGAUCAUAUGCAAGACGCUCUCAUAGGUAGUCUGUAUCCCCAAUCCAAGCAAUAAACUGAAUAUUGAUUAAAUACUGAAUUAUAUACUUUUUAACCUGAAUGUUGCAGUAUGCAAGUCACAACUAAUACUUUUUAGGAAAAAAAAGAAAAAAAAAAGGUAAACCAGAGAAUCAUGGAAAAGCUUAGCAUAAUGUUUUAAGCUUUAUUUUAGCCCAAAACAGUCAUUGUUCAUUUGGUAUGUCCACUUGCCAAUCAAUUGAGAAAGUAUAGGGCCUUUUUUUUUUUUUUGCAUAUGGUCUUCUGAUGGGAGUUCUGCAUUUUAUAUUUUGCCGCCAUCAUGCAGAUAAUUCAUCAGCUAAGAUUUCCCUAGACUUUAUUCCUACAAGAGGAAAAUAUAAAGGGACUUUGAAAAGUGCCUAAAAUUUUUAACGUGCCCGUUUAAAAUUUAUUCAUUUACCAUUUUUAUACUUACAUACUUUACUGAGUCCAAAAUAUUAAGUAGAUUAAAAAAAAACUUAUUUCCAUGCUAUUGGUUUGCAUGAUGCUUAGUUAAGUCAUUAAGAUAGUGUAACUGGCCUAAGCAGGUUUUGGAACAAAUGAAAGAUUGUACAAUUCAAUUGGUAGAACAAAACUGUCAGAUCUACCUCUCUACUUAUACUUUCUGCCUAUGUCUUUUUCUUUCUCAUCAGGACUUAAAACAUUUUGAGGAACUGGCUGUGAAAGGGGAACACUAGGAAAUGUUGACAUUCUUAUACUUUAUAAGAUAUUUUAUACAUGUAAAUGUUUUUUCAGAUAAAUCUUGUACUUUUUCCCAGGCUGACUUUAAACCAAGAUCCUCUGACUCUAUCUCCUGAAUAGCUGAGAUUACAGGUUCUGUCAUUAAGUUUUACUUCAUUAUAGACUUGACUAUGUCAGACAACAAAGAAAGGAAGAGUGAAGGCAUUCCUGAAGAAGCUAUGAGUAAACAAGACACAUCUUCAUUAACUGAGGCUGUAGAGCAAGUUGCAAAACAACAGCAGUCACAAAUAUCAGAAAUAGAAAAAAACAAAAGAGUUCUAUUCCAUUUGCAGAAUGAACUUCAUGAGCUUGAAAAACAAAUAGCAGCCAUCUCUCAGGAAACUAAAGAAACAGAGAGGCAAAUUUAUCAACAAGAUGAUACAAUGGAGAAUUCCAAACUUCAAUGUGAAUGCCUUGAAACUCAAAUCAAGUCUGUAUAUAAAGAAAAUAUAAAGCUUAAGUUUGAUAUAGAAACAGCUCAAGAAGAUUAUGAGAAACACAUGAUAAGAUAUAAUGAAUAUUAUGCAAAAAUUAAUGCACAUAAAGAAAGCUUGGGGGAGAUAGAAAGCAAAUGGUCAUUUGUGACUGAACUCAAUGAAAAACGAGGCCUUGUUAAACAACUAAAGAUAAAGAAAGAUGAACUAAUGCAAGAUCUCCAAAAUCCAGGAGGGAGCCAGAUAACACAAGUACAGGAGGAUAUUUCAAAGAUAAAGAAUGAAAUUAUAACUGUAAAAGAAGCUAUCAUUGAAAAAACAUGUUUUCUUCUUGAAGAAAAAAAGACACAUGAAAAAUUAAGAAAAGACAUAGAGGUACAACAUAAGAGAUACAAUGCAAUUCUUAAGCGUUUGCACUGUCAGGUGAACAAGCUUCAGUCAAAUAGAAGACAAUGGCAAUGGAGCAUUGAGCAGUUGGAAAAAACUGCAGCUGAAUUAAGAAAAUGCAUUGGAAUGAAAGAGUAACUGCCAUAGAACAAUGUGGACCACAGAUCAGACCAAUCAAAAUUAUGAGACUUUGGGUUUUCUUUUUCUUUUUUUCUUCUUUGGCAGUACUAGAUGGAACUCCAGAUGUCGUGCUUGCUUGGCAAGAGCUCUACUACUUGAGCCCAAUCUCCGUCCCCUUCAGAUUUGUAAGAACCACUACCCAUGUUAGAGGCCUGUUUCAAUGACAUAUAUUUUCUGGUUUUCUUAAUCCAUUAUCUGUUGAUUAAAGUACUAAUCUUACCCUAAACUGGAUAGCGAUAGGUUGACAGUGAAAAGUGUGUCAGGAGAAUAGUAGAAGCUUCUAUAUGAAUAUUUGGGGUAUGUAAGAUAAUAGUCAUGAAUGCCUGUUUGUAAGAAUGUUGUAUUCACCACACUACCAUGAAAAAAUUUAGAAGAAAAGUGACAAUUAAAUUUUCCAUGAUUUAAAAUUGUUGAGACAUUAAAAAGUGGCUGUCUUUCAAACUUUUUAUUAGAUCUUGCUUUUUUAAACAACUGUUUUCAUAGUAGCCCAUAAAUACUAAUAUUCAUGUUAAUAUUGUAUGUCUAGUGCUUCGGAUAUUUCACUGUUUUUUCCUUUGUCUAGAAAACAGAUAUCAUUUUUCCUUGUUAUUAAAUAA